AAAAUUAGGUUGAUAAUUUUAUGAGCCACUCGUCGAAAACCUAAUACAUCUUCAAGAAUGACUUCAAUACAUCAAUCUAUGUCAUUGACUACUGAUCAACAUAUACAAGAAAUGCAGGGAACAAAACCACAGAAGUGUGAAGAAUUUUCAAACAUCUAUCUCGAUUCCAACCAAAGGCAAAAUGUUUCGGAUAACUCAGCAAACUCGCUUUUCCAAGACUGUACAGAAGGAGCAUUUAAGAAGUUGAAGCCUUCGAUAGAUCCUGUUCAGAUUGGUGCGUCUAACCCUAUCACAUGUCCUCCAACUCCAGCCAGGAGACGUCAUCGAACCACUUUCACACAGGAACAGCUCCAGAAACUUGAGACAGCGUUUGCUAAGAGCCAUUAUCCCGAUAUAUACGUUAGAGAAGAUCUCGCAAAACAAACGAAGUUAAACGAGGCCAGGAUACAGGUUUGGUUCCAGAAUCGUCGAGCUAAAUAUCGCAAGCAAGAGAAACAGCUAGCAAAAUCUCUUUCUCCUGUUUUACCGUCUUGCAAUGGAGUCAUGCGGAACUUCUAUCCAGGUAACCAAAGAAGCUACCAAUACCCCGCGAUGAACGCAAUGUCUAGAUACCCUCCGAUGACGUCAGCGACCUACGCACCAAUGAAUCACACACAAUUCCCGCAAAUGGGCCCAAGUUGCAGUGGAAUGGGCGCGCGUAGCGACUCCCAUAUUGAUGACGAUUGGUACAACAAAAGUUUAUCUGCUCUACGAAUGAACACGACGCAAUGUAACUUCUCAACGCCAAUGUUUCAAUAUCAGACAUAAUUAUAUUUUAGCAGUUGAUUAAAGAAUGUCACCAAAGAACAUUUGGGCACUAAAACUGCCCCAAGUAUUAAACUAAACUUAAGACGGCACUCACUGCGCCCGGCGAGAUUCUAUGGAGAUCGCAACGCCACGACGCGAGCCGGAUCGUUUUAAUGACGACGGUCGUCCGAUCGUCGUACGAGGCCGAGUGCCUGGCUUUAACUGGUAACUUAAAUCUUUAAUAUUAUAAUCUAAUGACUACUUUGUAACAGUACAGUAAAUUGUUUUUAAACAUUUUAUGUUCUAUCAUGUCAGGUCAACUCACAGUGACGCGAAAUGCGUUUAAAAAACAUAUAUAUAAUUAGAAUACAGUGCGAAGUUGUCUGGCUAUUGUGCAGUUAUAUUCUUAUCUGUAUGAAGAACUAUAUAGGUUUUUAGAUUUUAUGUUAAUAUACUUUUAUACGGUACCUAACUUCGUUAGGAUAGUGCAAUAUUUAUACAGUGUGUUAUCCGUCGAAUGAAUCGACGCUGACGUCAUUAUGGCCUCUUAACAGUUUGGUAAAUGUAAGAUAUUUUAUAUGCGAAACUAUAUGGCAUGAGGUAUCAUGAGAUGAGUCAUUUGAGAUGAUGCCAUGAGAUAUGUCAUUAGAUGAGAUGUCAUUUAAUGUCGUUUAAUUACUUGUUCGAUAUUUCUCCAUUGGAAUGGAAUUGGGAUUUUCAAAGCUUGUACGUCAAUUGCUGGAAAAAAAGGUUUUGAUAAACAGCGUUAUUUUCAUUUUAAGGAUUGUGUACCAUUCGACAAAUAUAUUUAAGCCAUCAAAAA